UUGAGGUCCACCUCCACUGGUGAGGUCCACCUCCACUGGUGAAGUUUACGGAUAGACCGCCUGGAGUUCCCGGAAGUAGCCCGCUAGCCAGCUUCCGGUGCUGUAGGGAGAAAUGGCGGUGGUCACCUUGAUCCCGACGCUGGCGCGGGUACUGUCAAAGCACAGCCUGCUGUCUCCUUUGUUCAGCGUGACAUCAUUCAGACGAUUCUACAGAGGUGACAGCCCAACAGAUUCUCAAAAAGACAUGAUUGAAAUUCCUUUGCCUCCAUGGCAGGAGAGAACUGAUGAAUCCAUAGAAACCAAAAGAGCCCGCCUACUCUAUGAGAGCAGGAAGAGGGGGAUGCUGGAGAACUGUAUUCUCCUUAGCCUCUUUGCUAAAGAAUAUCUGCACAACAUGACAGAGAAGCAGCUGAACCUCUAUGAUCGCCUAAUUAACGAGCCUAGCAAUGACUGGGAUAUUUACUACUGGGCCACAGAAGCAAAACCAGCCCCAGAAAUAUUUGAAAAUGAAGUCCUGGAACUGCUGAGAGAGUUCUCGAAAAACAGAAACAAAGAGCAGAGACUGCGUGCCCCAGAUCUGGAAUAUCUCUUUGAAAAGCCUCGGUAGGCUGUGUGCCACUGUCCGUCAUGGUGCUUAGUAUAUGGACAGAAACUGCUUCUGGUACAGACUUUGGCUUCCUGCUUUUCUUUAGGCCCUUGAACCUCUACCAGGACAGACAUGUAAUAUGAAGAUGAUACACUCAUUCUAACCUGCACUUGUCUGUACAGCACUGGUCUGUACAGCAGCUGCUAUGUGCUGUGGUGCAGGUCUGCCACAAGAGGGCACUGUAGGGGAAGCAAUUCAGCUGCCUCAACCCCAACAGUACAAAAGAUGCAGCUGCUUUAUGAAGAGCCACCCACCCCAUCCCACACCCAGUGCCCUGGCCUUUGUUAAGGUAAAACUGCCUCCUUCCAA